CCGGGGGGUAGGACAAUCCGACACUUUGACAGACAGUGACUGCACGACACAGUCUCGUCACAAUGUUCGUGGAAGUUCCGCCUAGUUUUUUUGUUGAUGGUCGUCCUCACCUGCCAUACGUUCUACUGUUUUCUUGCUAUCUACUAUGUUCACGGCAAGAUUUUACAGCACUUGUGGCAUCCGCCGCGGCUGUACGGCGGGCAUAGUCCUGCUUGUUCUUCUCGUCUCAUGGCAUACUGAGCUGUCAAUCUUACAUGUAGUAAAUAUGGAAAUUUCUAGGCUCUCCAAGCUCGUAGAUGCAGUACUGUUUGAAGUGACGGCGUCAGCAACUGCGAACCUCAAGGGUAUCACAUAAGUAGUUUUCAGGGUAAUAGGUAACGGGUAGCGAAGGGCUUACGAAGGGUCUGUGUAGAGUCUUUCAUUUAGUGCUAUUCUUGCCGAUCUGCUCGAGUUGUGACUCGUUGUACCGGGCUCAUAGGGAAAGAUGGAAAUAGACUCAAACUCCUGCGCUUGAACGACUGAAAUAACGAACGUGGAAUGAUG